GGGGGCGUGGUUUUGGAAAUUAGGUUCAGAGGGCUGAACGUGCUAGAGCAGGUGCGGGUCGCUUUUCCAGGUCUGUUCGCAACGGUUUCGCCCGUCAGGGUUUUUGUUUGUUUUUUGUCUCCCCGUCCCCCCCCCCUUUAGUUUUCUUGUGGUGUUUUUGCAACGUGGGUGACGUGGCCUCACAGUGAUUUCCGUGAGCGUCCCUAAAGGAGGACCAAGGACGGGUGUGGUGGAGGCGAGGAAGCUGCUCUGAACUGGCGACGCUCGAGAAAGCGUGGAUGUACCUCCGCAAAAGCCGAAUAUAACUUGGAAAGAGCGGCGCGAUUUUCCUGGCCAUCUGGCGGUCCCGGCGCGUGUGGGUGGUUACUCACUUGACAACACGCUGCUCACUGUUCACUCGGAAAGAGAAAAAUCACCGUUUUCCAGCAUUUUUCUUGGAGGAGAACAAAACUAUCGCCAAAAUGUCUAUUUUCCCUAAAAUAUCUUUGAGACUUGAGGUUGAAAGGUACCUUCGGGAGGGUUUUAUGAAUAAGGAGGUUGUAUCUGCUCUAGGCAAACAAGAAGCAGAAAGGAGAUUUGAAACUCUGUUAAAUCACUUGUCACACCCUCCAUCGUUCACAACUGUCAGAGUAAACACACAUCUCGCCUCAGUGCAACAUGUGAAAAAUCUGUUGUUGGAUGAGCUUCGGAAGCAGUUUAACGGAUUAAGUGUUCCUAUUCUUCAACAUCCAGACCUUCAGGAUGUCUUACUUAUUCCUAUUAUUGGACCUAGGAGGAAUAUAAAAAAACAGCAGUGUGAAGCAGUUGUUGGAGCACAGUGUGGCAAUGCAGUGUUAAGAGGGGCCCACGUCUACGUUCCCGGAAUUGUGUCAGCUUCGAAAUUUAUGAAAGCUGGAGAUGUUAUUUCUGUAUACUCUGAUAUUAAAGGCAAAUGUAAGAAAGGAGCCAAAGAAUUUGAUGGAACGAAAGUAUUCCUUGGCAAUGGGAUUUCUGAGCUAAGCCGCAAAGAAAUCUUCAAUGGGCUACCCGAACUGAAAGGCAUAGGCAUAAGAAUGACAGAACCGAUAUACCUCAGCCCCUCAUUUGACAAGGUACUGCCCAACUACUUAUUUUUACAGAAUUUGCCAUCUGCCGUCGUAACUCAUGUUCUGGAUCCUCAACCUGGAGAGAAGAUUCUAGAUUUGUGUGCAGCACCCGGAGGCAAAACUACACACAUUGCAGCAUUAAUGCAUGAUCAGGGAGAAGUAAUAGCACUGGAUAAAAUAUCCAACAAAGUAGAAAAAAUAAAACAGAAUGCUUUAUUGUUAGGGCUGAAUUCCAUCAAGGCAUUUUGCUUUGAUGGAACAAAGGCUCUUAAACUCGAUAUGGUUAAGGAUGCUGAAGGAAAACCUCCAUUCUUACGAGAAUCUUUUGACCGAAUUCUUCUUGAUGCACCGUGCAGUGGAAUGGGACAGAGGCCAAACAUGGCUUGUUCUUGGACUUUGAAAGAAGUGACAUCAUAUCAGCCAUUACAGAGAAAACUCUUUACUGUGGCAGUUGAGCUGCUGAAGCCGGGGGGCGUGCUGGUUUACAGCACGUGCACCAUCACACUGGCGGAAAACGAAGAACAGGUUGCCUGGGCCCUCGCAACCUUUCCUUGCCUCCAGCUUCAGCCCCAGGAACCACAGAUUGGAGGAGAAGGAAUGAUGGGAGCCGGCCUAUCAUUUGAACAAUUGAAACAGCUGCAGCGAUUUGAUCCAUCUGUUGUGCCAGUUCGGGACACUGACAUUGCUUCUCUCGGAGAUGCCAGAAUAGAAGACAUGAUUUGGCUGGCAAAUAAAGAUUGUAUAGGUUUUUUUAUUGCAAAAUUCAUAAAAUGCAAAAGCACGUAGGAUCCAUAGAAACGAAAGUUCCAAACAUUAGCUCUAUGGUUUUGUUUGGUUUUCUUCCUUCCUUCCUUUCCUGCCUCCGUUUUUUUGUGUUUUUUGUUUUUGUUUUUUUUUAAUCAAACUGUUGUCAGGCCUGGUGAUUGAUGACAUAGUUGCUAAGGAAACAGAAAAGGCUGCCAGCUGUUGUACCAGGGAGCAAGAGGCUUAAGAGACCGCUUCAGGGAGGAGGUAGUUGGGGGGUGGUACAAGAUUAUAUUUUGUGUUUAAAAUAUGCUUUUUCUUAAGAAUUUAGCACAGUAUAAAGAAAAUGAGAUGCCUACAGAUAUCUGGAGCAUAUUUUCAUUUGGGGUUUUGUGUUUUAAUGUAUGAAGAAUACAAAUCAUUUUUAAUGCUAAAAUCUGUGAUUAUAACAAGAGAAAUAAAAUGAGUAAUACUUAAUUUGAUAAAAAGUAGUGUUUUGUUCUUGAGAGUUCCUAAGGGGCGGUAGUUUUCUAAAAAUUCAGGGCCUGGGAACUAUAACGCUUUUCAUGUACUCACAACUGAGGUGAGCAUUUUAUCUGAGGUUUUCUGCUUACUAUUUGAUCAGUCAACUCUUUGAAAUGAAAUCUGGACCUCUCCUAAAUGGUAGUGUGUCUUCACCAUGUUUACUUUUUUUUUUUUUCAUGCUUUUAAACUGAAAACUACAAUGUUUUCUUCACUCUGUAGAUUAAAAUUAUGAGAGUAUUCCACAGUUUGGGUACUACCUUUCAUCAUCCCCUGGAAUACCUGUUCUGCAAGUUAUUGUGAUAACUGUGGGAACUGGCUUGACCCUUAGAGCCAAGCUUUGGUGUUCUGUUGAACAUCAACACAUUCACAGAACUCCCAACAUAAGACAAAGCAACUGUGAGUAUGGUAGAUGAAGACAAAAAAAGGGCACCUCGUGAUCAAAUCUGGAAUCCAGCAAAAUCCAGAACAUCCCCUAAAAGUGACCAGACAUGCCACUGUUAGCAGCAAUGUGACUGCUCUUACUAAAAAUUAAUUAUAACCUUAGGCUUGCUUCAUCCUAUUGCUUUUUAGAGAAGAUAUAUUUAAGUACUCAAUACCCAGCCCUUAUACAGUAUUAAAUACAUCUAAAUGUUUUGUUAACUUCCUUUUGAAUCAUCUCAGAAUUUCUCAGCCUUGGGCAUACAAGGUGGACAACUGGCAACAACUACCUGAUAGUUUCCUUUUUUUCCCUCCUAGAUUUCUGUUCAGAAUUUCUUCCAUCUAUUGUGUCCAUCAAGAUUGCAAGGUCUCUUGGAUCAGGAGCAAACACAAGGAGCCAGCACAUGGAUGCCUUCCUAGUCACCUUUGGCAGCGAGCUUCCUCACAUUCCCUGACUGCUCAACGGAUUAUUAAAGCGACACGUAACACAAUUAAAUACAAAGCCAGAGACAGUUGGGGGACAAAGGAGAGGACUGGAGAUGAAACAAGACUGGCCAUAAAUGUCGAAAAGUCCACAUAAUGCCCACAACUUGUAAUUCAACAUGUACGGGCAUCACUGGACCAUUCUCCUGCUAUAAGUACCUAUCUCCUAGUGCUACCAUAAGAAAAACUUAAAAUCGCCAGAGAAACCUACCCCUACAUUUCCCUGGGAGCAAAGACUCCGUAUUUGCUAAUUCAGUGUCCAUGGAGACUUUACUAAGAAUUGACUGCACCUUAAGCCCCGUCCUCUGCCGAGUUCCAGAUCUGUUUAUACAAUCGAUUGCCUGCUGGACAUCUGCGUGCUUCGUAACACUGCAAAUUCAACAUGUGCACAAACGCAGUCAUCAUUUUCCUUAUCCCCCUACCCAGCCCGGUACUCCAGCCAAGCUCCUCCUCCUGAAUUCCUUCUCCCCAGAAUAACACCAUUGAUGACCCAGUUCCUGAAAGCGGAACCUUACAGCUCGUGCUGGAGUCGGCUUCUUCAUGUUCCAGGUUCAACAGAUUGCCAGAUCCCGGCUCUCUUCUCUCUGGACUCCUUUCAUUCUACUCAUUCCCUUCACCCCUGUCUGAUGUCAGUCCUCUUAAUCUCUAAGUUGAAUGAUGAAUGACCACGACUACUAAAUGACCUGACAGGGCAAGAAGUGGACUGAGAGGAGAUGCUUCUAAAGGCACCCGUUUGAUUAGGUUUUGCACGGAGGACAUUAUUUUUCCCUGAAACAACCUCAACAAUCUGAGUUUCCCCUGACUUAGCUCUUGCCCCUUUCCAUUCUCUUCUCCACAUUGCUGUCAGUGAUCCUUCUAAAACACAAGUCCUAUGGUGUCACGUCUGCUUUCCUACACCUUUCUACCGCAUCCACAAUAAAAGGCCUACAAAGUCCUACAUGAUCAGGCACAGUCUCUCUGACCUCAUCCUCCCAACCCCUGGCCUCUGCUCGUUCCACAUCUGGCUUCCUUGCUAUCCCUUAAACACAUCACACAUACUCCCACCACAGGGCCUUUGCACCUUCAGCUCCCUCUGCCCGAGACAGUCUUUUCACGGGUAGCUUACUGUAAGGCCAGAGAAUUCACAACAUAAGUCAUUCUGCUAAAACGUUGCUUCCUCCGAGAGGCUCCCCCAACAUCCCCAUGUAAAAAAUCACUCUUCUCAGUUUUUCUGUACCCCUUGGCCUGCCUUUUCUUUCCAGACUCCUGAACCACGGACUUUUAUUAUCUGCUCACUUUUGUCCAUGUGUUCCUUAUGAAAUAAAAACUCUAUAUGAG